AUGGUUGAAGCCAGCGAGGCCUUCCAGACUGCUGCCUCAGCCGUCAAAGAUGAGUACGAGUUCAUCGAUAUCGCUCCUAAGGACGGACCGUUGUAUCAAGCUUACCACCGGGCUCGAAAAGCUCACCGGGCUCUGAAGCAGCGGCUGCAGAAUCAGCUACAGGCAUAUCAUCGUCAGGCCUACUUCGAGGACAAAAGCCUCGCAGUGAUCGAGGCGCAGCUUCAAGACGUGGUUCAGCGGCCUACUCUAGAGAUUGAGGAGGAGCACCACCACCACAUACCCGAGCGAGCAUAUUUGGCAAGCUUGGCAAAGAGCGUAGAAGAUAUCAGGAAACAGCCACUCAGCCAGCGGGCAACUGCUGUCCACGCGCUGGCUCAACUGUGCACCUUGGUGGAAGCAAGGCCGACGAAGUCUCGCUCGGCGUCACCGGGAACCGGCGGGACCAAGGCCAAUUGUAAAGAAUCCGAAGUCGUGAGCUUUCCGAUUGAGUGUCACAAGCUUCAGUGUCUAUUCUGUAUCGGAGACGAAAGACUGUCAUUCAAGGAUCAAACGCGACUCUUCUGUCGGGAACAGAAGUUAUGGAAUCACACGAAGAACCACCUCGACCCAAUCCAGCAUUUGAGCGAAGUACACUGCCCACACCCAUAUUGCCGCCGACGACCUGUAGCGUUGCAAGGCAUACAGCACCUCAAGAACCACGCGUAUGCUGUGCACGGCAUCAGAUUGCAGAAGGCUUGA